ACCGCACCUUGGAAAAUGGAGGAGCUUCUCAAUAAAAGUCGAGACCGCUGUUUCUCACUCAGCACUCAGCACUCAGCACUCAGCACUCAGCAAAGCAGUAGUUCCCGAAGAAGCUCAUAACUUUCGUAAUGCCUUUCACCUCUCCCAGUUUGUCCUCGUGCUUCUCCUUCAACCUCAAUACCACACAGACACCCACAAUUUCAAAAACCGUAAAUUCAACCCUAAAAUCGGCGAUCCCCUCAGUCUCAUGCAGCAAUCCGGCAAAAUCAAAGAAAAACUACCCUGAUUUGUUGGGCAACGGUGGACAUUGUUCGUGUUGUCCGAGAAGACACCUCUUCGGGUCGAUGUUGGGAGUUGGGUUGUUUCCUGUUUUGCCCUCGUUUGCCUCCGGUGAUGAGACAAGUCCCCAAAAUGAUAAGGUAACAUUGAGUAAAAUUCGUCCCCCGAGGCCUGAUUGGUACGAGGAGUUCUAUGCAUUAGCUAUGGACAAAUUAACAAAACCUUAUGAAGCAGAGAUUGCAGCUUACAAGUCACAGCUUUUUGCUAAAUUGAAAGGGAAGCCAGACAAUAUUUUGGAGAUUGGUGUCGGCACUGGUCCAAACCUUAAAUACUACGCUGAUUAUCCAGGUGUCAAUGUUUUUGGAGUUGAUCCAAAUAGAAAGAUGGAAAAAUAUGCGCAGGCAGCUGUGGAAAAUGCAGGACUUAUGCUUUCAAAUUUUAAGUUUAUUCAAGGUGUAGCGGAAGCUUUGCCCGUAGACGAUGCUUCAGUUGAUGUUGUUGUUGGAACACUCGUCCUUUGUUCUGUAAAUGAUAUUGACCAGGCAUUGCAAGAGAUUAGGAGGGUGCUUAAGCCUGGUGGGAUUUACAUCUUUGUGGAGCAUGUGGGAGCAAAAGAUGGAACAAUUCUUAAAUUCGUGCAGCGAAUUCUUGAUCCGUUGCAGCAGACAUUGGCUGAUGGCUGUCAUCUCACAAGAAACACUGAUGAAUAUAUUUCCAGAACAGGUUUUGCUAGCCUUGAUAUCAAUCAUGUCUCUUUAUCCACUGCUUCAAUUUUAAAUCCUCAUGUCUAUGGAGUAGCAUACAAAUAAUUCAUUUUUUUUGCAAACAUUUAUACGGAACAAAGCUUCUGUCCAUAUUUAUGUAAUAAUAUCCCAUGUUACAGCUCAUUUUAAAAUGUAUUAAACAGGAUUUUUAUCAAAGCGAAACAAUAACGAAUGCCUUGAUAGAAAUACAAUUCUUGUUCUUUAUCUUUUGUAUUUUUAAUUUUUUACAACUGAUGUAAGCAGCAUUGUCAUAUAACUCAUUCAAUUGUAGUUUCUAUUCCUGAAUUCAGACAGCCUUGAUUCUCGACUACUUUUAGCUUCUCGUACGUUUGCAUAUAUUCCUCCAAAAUUAAGGAAACAUGACAUAGAAGAAUUAUUCCAGAAAAUAAAAUUUACAACCUCAACUUUGCUGUUUUGAUUAUUGCAACCUAAGAUUUCCUUCUCCCAAAAAAUGCAAUAUAUAGUAAACGAAGUUUAUGUAUCCCAACCUCUGGCUAGAAUUCAGAAAAAUUAUUGGAAGAUUAAUGCGAAAAAUGAAUAGAAAAAAUAUUGUGAAAAUGGAUUCGAUGCCAUAUAAAAGGCAGUUGCAUUAAGUAAUUUGUUUAGUUUUAGAGAAGUUGGACAUAAAUGGGUACGUUGACUUCAAUUGAUAGGACUUUUGUAUGUGAUAGCGAAAAAAUAUGAUUGUAUAAUUUUAAUCGAAAUUCCAGCAACCAAAGAUGCAAGAAUCAAGAGGAACAAUCUCAUCUGGUGAAAAUAUUUUAAUUUUCUAUCUAAAGGUGUAAAUUACUUUAAACUACAAAAGUCAAAACUGGCCAUAUUUCAGGUUCAAAUUUUAUUCUCUUUGAUUGUUAAUGAGCAUGUUUCUAUUUACUACUCUACUUUCGUGUAGGCCUAUCACUUAUGUAAUAAAUUUCACAUCUUAGUUCCUUUUGGUGACAAACAUGUUAUGCUCUUGUACAUAUGAGCUGUGAAUAUUUUAGGACCUUUUUAAGAAUCCUUUUUGAAAAAAAUGUAGAAAAAUAGAAUUUUUUUGCUGGUCUGGCAUAAUGACAUUUCACCUGCUAAUCAGUGUUCUUUUUGGAGGUUUAUUGCAGCAAAGAAUUGUGGACCAUGACGAGCUUUUAAGCUCAAUUAUUUGGGAAAUUUGCAUUUGUUUAUUAUCUAUUUCAGGUUGUUUAUCAUUUUGAUGUUUGAUUUAUUUAUUUGUCUUUAGGGUCUGAAAGGUCGC